AUGCAAAUAAUUAAGCCUAAUCCAUUUCACACACAAAGGAACAAAAGAAGAACAGCAAUUGGUCCCGGAAUAGGAAAAGAAGCAGUUUGGGAACACAAACUUAUCAAUGACAAGUUAAAGCAUCGCUUCGACUUGUUUCAAAGGGAAAGCAAAGGAAUUUGGAUCGAGAAUCAAAUCCCUGACCUGAUCUAA